AUGACGUGGUUAUAUAACCUUUUAGAACAUAUGGGAUAUCCACUCUCAGACAACUUGUUGAUGGUAGAUAACGAGCCCGCUAUAAGGCUAACAUCACACCCCAUUCUGCACUCUAGGACAAACCAUAUUAAGUUAAGAUAUCAUAAGAUCAUAGAAGCUGUUGAAGAUGGCGUCGUCAAAAUGGAAUAUAUUAACACAUGGAUCAAGUGGCUAGUAUGUUAA